AUGGUUGCUUCAAAUAUAUUAUGUCGGGGCUUUGGCUUCCAUGGAACGAAUCCAUCGGAAGCCGUUCAACACACUACGGUGCAAUUUUUUAAUUUCAUAACAUCACCUGCGGCUGGAUCAGCAACAUCGACGUCGGUUGGAGCUAUCGUGAGCUAUACUUUUGGUGAUGAGGCCUGCUGA